AUGCCUUCUUAUCUUGUUACUGGUGCCAGCCGUGGCCUCGGGUUCGAUUUUAUCCGACAGCUUGCUCAAAAUCCCACCAACACUGUGAUCGGUCUCGUACGCGACAAAGCUGCGGCCGAGAAAAAAGUGCUCGAAGAGGGGCUUUCCAACGUCCAUAUAGUGAAGGCCCAAUACAUUGACUACUCUUCGCUCAAGCGGGCUGCGGAAGAAGUCAAGGAGAUCACCGGGGGUGGUCUGGACCACCUUAUCAACAAUGCAGCUGUCGUAUCUCACAUCAGCGAAUUCAAAACUUUCAAAGACUUUGAUCACGACUUUGAAACUUUGGAGAAAGACCUUCUGGAAUCUCUAGAGAUCAACCUUUUGGCUGUCAUCAAGACAGUGCAAGCCUUCAUCCCACUGAUCCGCCAAGGCAAGCAGAAGAAAGUCCUUUCGAUCUCGACUGGAAUGGCAGAUCUAGACCUGAUCAACGCAACCGAGGUUGAUUUCGCUGCUCCCUACGCUAUUAGCAAGGGGGCGCUCAAUGUGACUGUCGCAAAAUACAACGCGCUAUACAAGAAGGAGGGUAUCCUCUUCCUCGCUGUCAGUCCUGGUUACGUGGCAACUGAGCGAAACCAAGUCGAACCAGCGAAAGAAGAUGCCGACAAGGUCGCAGUGCUCGUACAAAAGUUCGUUGAAUAUGCCCCUCAUUUCGAACGCCCCUUGGCGCCUGCAGAGUCGGUUUCAGCAGUUCUUUCGGUGUUGGAAAAGUCCUCAAUCGCAAAUGGGGAUGGUGGUGCAUUUAUCUCGCACCUUGGAAACAAGCAGUGGCUAUAA